GCAGCCGCAUUGCAAGUUUUCUGCGCGAGGAAAAUCUGUUGCUGGUGUUCGCAGACACAGCCUCCGAGGCCACCCCGGGUGGGGUGUGUGGGGAGCACCAGCAGCUCUCAACGGCAGCAACAGGAAGCCGUGGGGUCUCCUCCAGCACCUGGGUAGAGGCUCCUUGCCAUUCCCGUAACAGGAAUAGCUGAUCUCCGGCAUCCGGUGGUGAUCGCCGCUCGGGAAUGCGGGUGUAAAGGGUCCGAGCUGCCGCCCAGCGGGAAAGAGACCCCGGGACGCCGGAAAUCACCAUCCCAAAGCUGUGAGAAGGGUGGGGAAAGAGAGCAUUCUUCAUUCAGUUUGUGUGCCUUGUAGGGAUUUUUUUUUAAUCGUUAUUUUUUUAAAAAGAAACAUUUCCGUGCUACUGUCUGUCAUCAUCUCUGGGGAAAUCAGCCAGAACCACCGGAACGUAACUGAAACCAGACAAGAGAGGCAAGAGCCGAGGCUAUACCUGCAGCGUCCGGGCACCAGAGCCACCUUGGAACCGGAACGCGUCUCCGGCGGCCGCGGGGCUGCGGCUCCGCCAAACUUUGGGGCGGGCGGGGCGGGCUGGGGCUCCAAGGGGGCUCUGUAGACCGAGGGCCGCCCCCUAACCAUGAUGUUUCGCGACCAGGUCGGGGUGCUGGCGGGCUGGUUUAAGGGCUGGAACGAGUGCGAGCAGACUGUUGCGCUGCUGUCGCUGCUCAAGCGCGUGAGCCAGACCCAGGCCCGCUUCCUCCAGCUCUGCCUGGAGCACUCGCUGGCCGACUGCGCGGAGCUGCACGUCCUCGAAGGCGAGGCCAACACCCCCGGAAUCAUUAACCAAUGGCAACAGGAAUCCAAGGAUAAAGUGAUUUCCCUCCUGUUAACUCACCUGCCUUUGCUGAAGCCAGGAAACCUCGAUGCAAAAGUGGAGUAUAUGAAACUGCUGCCACAAAUCCUGGCGCACUCUAUUGAACACAAUCAGCACAUAGAGGAGAGCCGGCAGCUGUUGUCCUACGCCUUGAUACAUCCGGCCACUUCGCUGGAAGACCGCAGUGCUUUAGCCAUGUGGCUGAAUCACUUGGAGGACCGCACGUCGACCAGCUUUGGUGGCCAGAACCGAGGCCGCUCGGACUCUGUGGAUUAUGGACAGACGCACUACUAUCACCAAAGACAGAACUCCGACGACAAGCUCAAUGGGUGGCAGAACUCUCGGGAUUCUGGGAUUUGCAUCAAUGCCUCCAACUGGCAGGACAAAAGUCUGGGGUGUGAGAACGGCCACGUGCCCCUCUACUCCUCCUCAUCCGUCCCCACCACAAUCAAUACGAUCGGAACCAGCACAAGUACAAUUCUCUCAGGCCAGGCACACCACAGCCCUUUGAAACGAUCUGUGUCCCUUACCCCACCCAUGAAUGUGCCAAACCAGCCUCUAGGACAUGGAUGGAUGUCUCAUGAGGACUUGCGAGCUAGAGGACCCCAGUGCCUCCCAUCCGAUCAUGCCCCCCUGUCUCCACAAAGCAGUGUAGCCUCUUCAGGAAGUGGUGGGAGUGAACACUUAGAAGAUCAGACCACUGCUCGUAACACAUUCCAAGAAGAAGGUAGUGGUAUGAAAGAUGUUCCAGCCUGGUUAAAAAGCCUCCGCCUGCACAAGUACGCUGCGCUGUUCUCCCAGAUGACCUAUGAGGAAAUGAUGGCCCUCACUGAGUGCCAGCUGGAGGCUCAGAAUGUUACCAAAGGUGCAAGACACAAAAUUGUCAUCAGUAUUCAGAAGCUCAAAGAAAGACAAAACCUCCUGAAGUCUUUGGAAAGGGACAUCAUUGAGGGGGGCAGCCUGCGCAUCCCACUGCAGGAACUGCACCAAAUGAUCCUGACUCCCAUCAAGGCCUACAGCUCCCCGAGCACCGCCCCAGACGCUCGCCACCGGGAGCCCCAGGCCCUGCACCCGCCUUCACUGAUGGGCCCCGAGAGCCAGAGCCCCGACUGCAAAGACAGCGCCGUGGCCCCUGGCACCACAGCCACCACCUCAGCCGGGGCCAGCGGCGGGCUCCAGCCACACCAGCUGAGCAGCUGUGACGGGGAGCUGGCUGUCGCCCCACUGCCGGAGGGAGAUCUCCCUGGGCAGUUCACACGUGUCAUGGGCAAAGUGUGCACACAGCUCUUGGUCUCCAGACCUGAUGAGGAAAAUAUAAGUUCCUAUUUACAGCUCAUAGACAAGUGUCUAAUUCAUGAGGCAUUUACAGAGACGCAGAAAAAAAGAUUGUUGUCAUGGAAACAGCAGGUGCAGAAGCUUUUUCGGUCUUUCCCUCGGAAAACCCUUCUAGACAUAUCAGGAUAUCGACAGCAAAGAAAUCGCGGCUUUGGGCAGUCCAACUCCCUCCCGACGGCCAGCUCUGUGGGCGGAGGCAUGGGCAGGCGGAACCCACGCCAGUACCAGAUCCCCUCCAGGAAUGUCCCCUCCGCCCGCCUUGGCCUCUUGGGCACCAGUGGGUUCGUCAGCUCCACCCAGCGCAACACUGCUGCCAACCCCACCAUCAUGAAACAAGGAAGACAGAACCUCUGGUUUGCCAACCCAGGGGGCAGCAACAGUAUGCCAAGCCGCACCCACAGCUCAGUCCAAAGGACCCGCUCGCUGCCCGUGCACACUUCUCCACAGAAUAUGCUCAUGUUCCAGCAGCCAGAAUUCCAGCUUCCCGUGACUGAACCUGACAUCAACAACAGGCUGGAGUCCUUGUGCCUCAGUAUGACCGAGCACGCCCUGGGAGAUGGGGUUGACCGGACCUCCACAAUCUAGAAGCUGAAGAUGAGAGCGACCGCGCUGGCCGUGAAAUCGACUGCUGCGGGUCCAGAGUCAGCCAUCUUCAGGGUUGCACAGAAUCCUCCAAGAUACUUUGCAGCCUUUUUAUCCCCUGGUCCCUCUCCCAUUUUGAUUUUGUGAGAGCGUAGGUCGUCCUUGUAAACAUAUCAGUAGACCUGGGAUUGGUUAUUCUGUCAUUUGUUACUGUCAUGGGAUGGCUUGGUGUGUGGGGUGGGGAGGGGUCUCUAGGGAAACAUGAGACUGGGGGUGGAUUGGAGGGAAUGAAUGCAAGUGGCUUCCUGGAUGGAAAGGGUAUUACAAAAAAAAAAAAAAAAAAAAAAAGUCCCGCCAUGAAAGAGAUAUAAGAGACACGGGAGGGAGGCAGAAGGCCUGGGAGCCUUCUCCCAAAGCCUGCCUUCACAGUCCGGCCUCAGGAGAAAGUCAUCGAUACAUGUGACCAAAGCAAGAUGGCGGCUCGCGCGUUUCUGUCCCCCCCAUUGGAUUUCCCUGAGGCCCCUGCUUGGGAUCGAGCCACAGGAAACGGCCACAUGGCAACAGGGGCAAGAAGGGAGAGAUUCCCUCCAACAAAAUUUCAGAUAAACUUUAAAUUUGUGUAUUGUUUACAUAACAAUUUUAAAGGGUACAUAAUGUGUAAAGAGUUUGGAUAGAACUUCGCUUCAUACUAUGGUUUUUGUAAAGGAUUUGUUGAUAUGGAUUCAUUUUUUUUCCCCCUCUAUUUUUAUAAUAGCAGCAGGGUUGUCUUUUAAAAGGGCUGCCAAGCUCUGCUUCUUGGGCAGCGGGAGGCAGGCCGGAGUUGUCUGUCUCUCACCUGUGGGUGGAGGGAGCGUGUAGGUGGAUUUGAAAGGCAAAAUGCGGUUGGAAUGGGCAGAGCACUCGGUAGGGCAUAAGGAGGACGGCCCCAUGUGAUCCGUUAGGGUUUGCUCACUGGUCACCUGGAGAUUCUAAAAGAAUCCGGUGGCCCCUUUCUGUGCUGGAUUUGCUUCUCACCCAGAGAGCUUUCCCCACCCUACCGUGGUGUUUCAUCCUGUCACUCACUACACACACACACACACACACACACACACACACACACACAGUGCGAGUUCCACUGAAGGAGAAAAGGCAAGGAUGGAUAUUUUUCCCUUGUGAGAGGCCUUAAUACCUAGAUAAGGAGCUCAAAACGCCACUUACAGUACACUUGCUCACAGGAACCCGAGCCUGGGGGCUGCAUCCCCUUUGCUCGCUCACUGCUGAGGAGGAAGAGGAGAGCAAGGCCCAGCACGGUGUAUAAAUGGUCAGUCAGCAAGUAGCAGAGAGAGCUGUGGUGCGCUGUGCGGCUCAUGGCCCGGGUCCAUCCCAGGUGGGCAGUGGAAGAAGAUGUGGGAAAGAUGGGAACGACGGUGCGGUCCGCAUGGCAUUGGUUAGGGAUUAGCUGUGGUGUUGGCUUAUUUAUCCAUCCACACAGGAGAGACAUAGAGCCACUCAGUGCAUGGUGAGAGAUUAACAAACUACGCUGCCACAAAGUAAUAGCUCUAUUUCUUAAGGGCAAGAAAGCGCAUUUUGGAAUUUGAUGCAAUGGAGGGUGUUAGAGGAAAUCAAAGAGGAGUUGUGCUCUGCACUGGAAAAUUGGGUUGUGUAAAGGAUGGUAUGGAUGCUCAGCCAGAGGCGAGAUCAGGGAGAUGGGCUAAGGCCUGUUUAUGAAAUGGGUGAGCCUAGUGCCUCUUUUUUUUUUUUUUUUUUAGUGAAGUCAGAGUCGAAAUUGAAAACAUCAGACCAUGAAAAUCACUGCACUUGUUUAUGGUUAUUUAAAAAAAAAAAAGUUAAUGAAGUAAAUACAGAUUUAAAAAGCCUUAAUGAAAUCCAAACAACUUUCUUUUACCUUCAACAUUAAAAGUAUACACCCAACGUGGCCUUGGGUGGCAUUGGACCUUGGAAUAAGGCUUUUCAAGUCCCUUUAAGGUCUAAAAAGCUGGGGACAUUGUAACUAGGAGAGCCUUUAGGAAGCAAAGAAGGCUUGAACCUACCAAAUCAUACAUUGCAUUUUUUUACAAGUUCUCCUUGGGUGACUAAAUUCUAAAGAUGCAAAUCCAUGUGCAGAAAGAGGCAGCGUUUUUAGUUGAUUUUUUUUUUAACGAAGUGCCAUUAACAUUCAUCUGCCACACCCCUUUUCUAAAUAAGCUUGGUGUUACUGGGCAAUGUGUUGGGAUGCACGAUCACAUGUAAGGCAGGCAGAAUAGGUCAAAAAUGUUGAAGGCCAAAGGUAAGACCAGAGGGUUUGCGAAGGUGAUUUUUGAGUGCUAAGAACGUUAAAGAGGAGGAAGAAACAAUGGUAUUACACAUCUCGUGGAGAAGUGAAAAAGCAUUCAGAUCUGCUGCAAAACACAUAUAUCCAUAAAGACUGGGGGUUGUUCGGAAAACAGAUUGUGAACACAAUCACAUUAGCAUGAAUCCUUUAAAAGGAAGACCUUAAAGUAUUUGCAAAUCUGAAUUUCUAUUUAUUCCUUCACUGAAUAUAGAAACAAUGGUUAUCUGAUUAUUAGAGAUAUUAUUUUGGAUAUGUUACUUAUUAACUUGCUAUGGCUGGUAACCAUGAUAAAGUCUGUUAUUAAUAACAACAUAAUUCUUUUUUUAAAGAAAGAAAAGCUUAUUUUUCAUUGACUGUGUAUAGAUUUAUCUACUUAGUUGUGUUUUGCUAUUAGUGUUUUAAUUUUUUUUUUUAAGUUGAGUGUUCUGAUCAAUUUUAGGAGCCUGCCCCCACCUUGUUUGUGUCCUGUGUUGACUGCAGGUAUACAGCUCAAUUUAAAAAUCCUAAAGCAAAAGAAUUUUAUUUAUAAAAGAAAUGAACAGUUGCAUGCAUAAGGCUGUGAAGUCGGAUAUUUAGUAAUAACGCGGCAGUGCCUUUUUUUGUAUUUACCCAUUGACCCCUAAAUGCAACUGUUUUAUAUUCAUAGUGAACAUUAAAAAUCUCAGAGUAAAAUCUAUUUCGCUACAUGUUUUCCCCCUUGUUCUGAUUUAAUCAGUGUGUAUUUGGCAUCUCUACACUGUCCCAGGGACAGUGGUGUUCUACGAUAUUGUUAUCAUGUAUGAUGUUUUAUUGGUGCUUUUUAUUCAUAGUGGUUUCUUACCAGAAACAAUAGGAAGACACACAUGAACUGUGUACAAGAAAUGAAACAUUGCUGCUGAUAUGUUUUGUUUUGUUUUUUUCCACAUGUUUUUUGAGUUUCACUUUUUAAACGAGGGCCAGCAAGCAAAAUAGACGCUGCUGGGUCUGCCUGCAGAGGGCGGCUGUUUGCACCAAGCUCUCAAAUCCUGGGUAUUAAUCAUCCCUUUUUGGUACUCAGGAUUGGAGCGACAGCUGGGCCCCCAUCUCCCAUUUGUUUGAAGAGACACUGAGGGAAACAAGAUUUUCUUUUGAGGUGUCAUUGGUUGCCUUUUAUGGAAUGGGAGCCUUCUCUGGGUCUUGUGUUCUUCUGCACCUUUUGUAGCUACUGCCGGUGCAAAGGUUUGUAAAUGUGCUCUCCCCAGCUAGAAUUAAGAUCUCACCAAGAGCCUGGGCUGGGGGACUGAGCUGGGCUGAAUGCAUAGUCAUGCAAUCAGAAGGGCAGCGAGGGGAGGAAAAACACGCCCCAGUCUCAUGAGCCCUCUGGAGAUGUCUGCAGCAGGCAGCUCCAGCGCGGGUGCAGAGAAACAGCCUGACCAAGGCACUUGGGUGUGCCUCUUACAAGAAGGACCUGCAGAAGGAUAAUUUGCACAUGGGGCUGUGAUAACACUAAUGUUUUUUUUUUUGUUUUUUUUUUUACAAGUCAUCUGAGAUGUUUGCAAAGUGAGUUUUAUUUUUUUGUAUUUCCUUUAUCUUUACUUAAAGGUGAAUGUGUAUUCCUCUGGGAGGAAUAGGAAGAAAACAGGAAUGUUAAUAGUGUCAAACAGAAGACUUCCUCCCUUAUUAAUAUAUAACCCUCAUGUAUUUAUGCCUAAUGUAAGCUGAUUUUUAAAAAGCUUUCUUCCGUUGCAUGCCCCGUGCAGGCAUCCCUAUUGUACAUGCAUGCCUUUCGUCCUGUUUUCCUGUAUAAAGUUAGUGAACAAAGAACUAUUUUUGCCUAGUUCAUGUUGCCAAGCAAUGCAUAUUUUUUAAAUUUGUCAUAUAUGGAAAUAGCAUGUUUGUUACAUGUAAAAGCUUUACUGAUAUACAGAUAUACUAAUGUUUGAAGAUGCUGUUCUUUGCAAGUGUACAGUUUUCAAAUGUUGUUACCAGUGAAACACCCUUGUGGUUUAAACUUGCUACAAUGUAUUUAUUACUCAUUUCCUCCCAUGUAACUAAGAAUCAUGGCUAUAUUUCAUAUCAACGUUAUAUUGAAAGUGAAGGGAAAUGAUUAAUACAAGGUUUUGUAACA